AUGGCCCCUUCUCAGAGCCGCGUUAAGCAGGAACAGCUUCGAAAACGCCGUAAUAACCUGCUACGGCGGAUUAAUGAUUUUUGGCGGCUGUACGCCAUCCGCAGCUGGGCCAUCCUGGAAAUGCCGAACCGCCGGAUUUACACCUAUCAGUCCCAUCCUCAUCUUCCCGCACCGACUGCUGAAGAAUUGGAGGACUGGCCCCAACCAGUCACUCACAGAACUCCUGCUGAUUAUACUACACAACCGACGACUAACGUGGCGAUUCCACACCCACCCACGUUCAACAUCCUAGGACGCCAGUACGACGGCUGGGAUUCUGUUUUCACCAAAUGUGGAGUAUAUUAG